AUGUCACGCAGUAGCAAGAACAAUGCUAUAUACAUCAUUGGCCUGGGCCAUGAGUACCCGCCCCAUUCGGUAAGACAGGAGCAGUUUGAGGACUUCUUGCAGCGCUUGUGCCCCGAUGAAGUAACUUCACCAGCCCUCGCCAGUAUCCAGAAGCUCAUCCAGUUCAACAAGAAAACCAAGAUCGUCUCCCGCCCAACUAUCCUCGACUACGCAGGAUGGACCAAAGAGAACACUGCACCGCCGGAUGCCGACUCCAUCUCCCGAAUGUUCCGGACAGAAGGUGUGCAGCUCACCACCUUGGCCUGCAAAGAGGCUAUGCGAGAAGCUUGCCUUGAGCCCAGCGACAUAACGCACACGGUAGCAGUGACUUGCACUGAUCAGAGCAACCCCGGUUAUGAUCUCUUUGUAUGCCAGGAGCUUGGGCUUGGUCCAAACGUGCAACGAGUGCUACUUCAUGGCGUGGGAUGCGCAGGCGGUCUAUCAGCGCUGCGUGCAGCUGCUAGCAUCGCCGCUGCCGCAUCACAAAGAGGAAGGCACGCCCGCAUCCUGGUGAUGGCCUGUGAGGUAUGCAGUCUCUCUAUUCAGGCAGAGGUCCAAGCGGCCUGUGAAGACGGCAAGCUACACGUAGCUCCAGCGCUAUUCUCCGAUGGCGCAGCGGCGCUAGCAGUAUGCAACGGUCUUGCCCUGGAAGACAAGCAAAAGCCAGUGUUUGAGCUGAAAGAUUGGGACAGUGUAGUUGUGCCGGGUACUUCGAGCUACAUCUCGUACGAUAUCGAGAAGCAUGGCACAGCCAUCGACGCCAUCUUGCCCUUGUUCGAUCGACUGCGUGCCACCCUCAAUGCUACUCACGCCGCUGCAUCGGUGACUCGCAGUCCCGCUUCGAACUUCGAUUGGGCUAUUCACCCUGGCGGUGCGACCAUCCUAGAGGGGGCCAAGCAAGCUCUGCAACUCAACGACGACCACAUUCGAGCCUCACUCGACGUGUACCAUAACUAUGGAAACUCAUCCAGCCCAACCGUGCUCAUCGUCGAGCAAGCUGAAGCAGUUCUACCAGUUCUGAGUGAUGACGAUGUCAGAGAACCCGAUGAUCAGCUGGCGACACCAUCGUCUGCAUCCUUCCAAGACCGACUGAAGAAGUUCCAAUACACCGAAACGCAGACGGAGCAACGUACCGGACCACCAUCCGGAUCGCCGACAGAACCUCGAAAGCGCACUAGGACUUUCGUGACGGCGGUCGCAGAGAUCGCACCGGAACCUUCCCCACGACCGAAAAAGAAGAGGAAACCCAGCAAAUAUGCUGACCCGUCCAAAUACGCGCAUCUAUCGCCGCUGGUCGACAUACUAGAGCCCAAUCUAAUCUGUGUCUUCGUUGGCACGAAUCCAGGUGUUCAGACGGCCGCUGCAGGGCAUGCGUAUGCCCAUCCCUCGAACCUUUUCUGGAAGCUGCUCCACUCCUCAGGACUUACCGACUGUCGACUGAAGCCUGAGGAGGAUCGGAGUCUUCCUGCUCUUUAUUGCAUGGGUAAUACCAACAUUGUCGAGAGACCCUCCAAAGACGCUGCCGAGCUCUCGAAAGAGGAGACUGCGGCCGGUACAGCACAGCUGGAUGCCAAGUUCCUCAAAUACAAGCCAGAGGCUGUGUGCAUAGUAGGCAAAGGUAUCUGGGAAGCCAUUUGGCGGUAUCGCUAUGGCAAGAACAUGGGUAAGAAAGAUUUCAAGUAUGGGUGGCAGGAUGAGGAGCACAACAUGGGCAAGAGCGAGGAUGGCCAGGAAGAGCAGGAUGCCGAUGGCAAUGUAUGGAAUGGGUCCAGGGUCUUUGUUACUACGAGUACGAGCGGUCUAGCGGCAAGUCUGAAGCCGGCCGAGAAAGAGGCUAUCUGGAAACCCUUCGGCGAAUGGGUGCAGAAGCGAAGAGCCGAACGGGGCUUUGUGCCUCGGCCAGCGGACGCAUAG